AUGAAGUCUUCUUUCGCCCUCCUCUCCCUCCUCGCCGUCUUCGGCGCAGCCAAAGUACAGGACGCGGAGCCGCUCCCGACCGUCGACGGGGACCUUUCCGGCCACACCCAGGCCGACGCCGAGCAUAAGCCUGCCACCCUCGACGGCUACAGCGCCCAAAACUCUCAGGCGACAUUUUGCGGCGCUGACGGAUACUGCUACUACUGA